AUGCAACAGUUAUGGCAGCGUAUGAAAUUUGUUAGACAAGGCUAUUUAUCCGGUGGUGCUGGUUAUGUUGUAUCUCGUGCAGCGCUCAAGAUGAUCGCUGAGGGUAUGGAAAAGGAGGUUUCCAGCUGUCGUAAACGAGGUGGUGCUGAGGAUGUAAAUCUUGCAAGACGUCUUUCAACAAUACCAUCGGAAUACGUCCUCGUGUUCACAUUUGUUUGUCAAGGUUGA